AUGGGUUUAAAUUCCAUAUCUGAAUAUUCUGUUAACAAUAUUUUAACUUACAUCGGUAUUACUUACUUCACUCAUAUUUUGCAACGCCACCAAAAUGAUGUGAAAAAGCCUUCAAAGUACACGAAAUUAAAAAGGAACGCUUCUACUAGCAUACUGCAUGACGUCAUAGCGGCAGUACUUGCACGUAGAAUAACGAACGUACCCUACAUAUAUGUACUAGGUGCAAUUGAUGGUAGUCACAUAAAAAUAGCAUCACCAAAAGAGAAUCCAGAAUGUUACAUAAACAGAAAAGGAUAUCAUUCGAUACAAUUACAGGUAAUAUGUGAUUCAAAUCUUAAAUUUCUUCACUGCUAUGUUGGACAAGUUGGCUCCGUACAUGAUAUGAGAGUCUUUCGACUAUUAGGUUUUCAGAAUAUGUGCACAGAGGAAAAUUUUCCUGAAAAUAGCCAUAUAUUGGGGGAUUCUGCUUAUGGAAUACAAAAAUACCUGAUCUGUCCAUUUAAAGACAAUGGUAACUUAACUCAAAAUAAAAAAAUAUUCAAUUAUCGCCAUUCCGCAACUAGAAUUGUAAUUGAAAAUGCUUUUGGGCUUUUGAAAGGGAGAUUUAGGAGACUAUGAUAUUUCAAAAAUGAUUUAAAGUUUGUAGUAAAAUGCAUAAUAGCUGCUGCUGUACUACACAAUAUUUGUUUGGAAAACCAGGACGAAUUUAGAUGUCGAUGAUAAUAAUGAUGAGGAUAAU